UUGUGACUGUGAUUCCGUUAAAUCAUGAAGUAAUAUAGGUACCUACAUCAUACCCUAGGUAUAUUGCUGGGAAAGACAUAGGUUAAUUCCGCCCUUGGGAAAGCUCAGCAAUCAAGUGCUCUAAACAUGGAUGGUGAAACCGGCGAAAGGAAAAGUCGAAAGAAACGAGCUCGACUAAGCUGUAUGGAAUGUAGAAAGAAGAAGUUGUCUUGUGAUCGGAAAUUACCUUGCCAGAGAUGUAUAAGAUCAGGAAGACCAGCACGGUGUUCAUUCGAGGCAGUAGCCGAACAGUCACCAGUCUCUAGCCCUCUUGCACGACAACAAGAGCAGCAGAUUCACGAUCUUCAAGUCGAGGUUACUGAGCUGAAGGCAUUGCUUUCAGAAGCUGGCUUGAUACGUGGGGGCGAUAGCGCCACAGAAGCCUCACACGUAAUAGACGUCGAAUCUGGUCCCUCAUCAUUGAACAAUGGAAAGCCUCAAGCAGUGGAGGACUUAAUUGAUGAAAGCCACGAUACGGAAAAAUCCGGCGUGGUAGAGGAUAUUCAGCAGCAGUACUUAUCAACUUCCCAAAGUGAUCGUAUUGGCCAGGGUGCAAACCAUGUCAACGACACACAACCCUCGGAUCCAAGGAAAAGAACCCCUCAGGGAUACUAUAGGCGACAUGCUCUUUUCCAAUUCUUUAGUGAGAUACAUGAAUUAUACCCAUUCAUCAAAGAAACAGCCGAGGAGUGGCUCAACCCCUUGGGGGUAAAUAUUACUAAUGGGAAACUCAAGCCCACUGUUAAUUUUCUCUCCGAGAGUGAUAAAAGCCUUGAGAGGUUUCUUCCUCCAAAAGAGGAUGUUGACAUUCUGGUUUCAUUGUACCUAAAUGGCCCAGAACAACUUCAUCGCGUUCUUCAUAUCCCUACCUUCAAGAGAGAAUAUACCAACUUUUGGACAACCCAAAGGGUAGACCAUCCUACUAUGAUAGCACUGAUAUUGGCAAUCAUCUCCAUAUCAUCUACUUAUGCUGCUACUAGUCAAUCUGCCGAAGUCGCGUCCGUGGCGAUCAAGUACCAAGUUAUGUCUAUGCAGUGGAUUUCUCUAUGCGAAGAAUGGUUAAGACAACAAAGUACAAAGCAUCGCAGACUUGCCCACUAUCAGAUUGCAUGUUUGAUUUACCUUGCUAAACGGAUGAACAUCGUUGAUAAGAAAAAGUGGUGGAAGGAGACUGGCUCGUUGAUCCAAGAUGUCAUCGUACCUGGGCUAAAUCGUGACUCUUUUUCGGCUAAUGGCACACCUUACGUGAGGGAGUUGAAAAGACGAAUCUGGGCUGUUAUUCGAGAGCUGGAUCUCCAGAACUCAUAUGAGUAUGGUCUUCCCAGUCUCCUACACAGUGUUGAUGAUGAUGUUACUCCUCCCGCAAAUGUCAAUGAUGACGACUUCAACGAAACAUCGAAAGAUAUACAAUCAAAGCCAUUGAACGAAUACACCAUUACAUCUUAUCAAGUUCAUAGCGCCCGCAGCUGGUCUUUGCGUCUAGAGAUAUCUCAGCGUCUCUUUAGCACUAGAUUCUCCAAAAGCCUUUUUUAUGACGAUGUCUUGAGAUACACUCACGAGGUUACGCAAGCGAUAGAAAGUAUCCCUUCCUGGGAUAAAUAUGACACAACUGGAGUAGGCGACCUUCGAACACGAGCACUUACACGCGCAUUUUUGCUUUUCCAGCUCAAGAGUACUAUUCUAGUUCUCCACAGACCUUAUCUCCAGAAAGAUGAUAGAAGGUACUGGCUUUCGGAAACUGUGUGUUAUCACACAUCGCGUGAUAUUCUACUCUUAAACACACACUUAGCGGAGUUAGGGUCUCAGAGCCCAACGAUGCUCAGAGAAGACCUCUUAUUAGCUUCGCUGAACUUAGUUCGCGUAGCUAUGCUUCGGCCUAAGGGACUCGUGACCAGUGUCGUGACUGACUAUCAAUCCACGAUCGAUCUACUUGAGAAAUGCGUCCCGCUAGUGGAGGAUAUGCAUUUAAGAUGUUGCCAUAGCGAUCUCUGGUGCUUUAUCACUAUGUAUGCAGCAAAUAUGUUGCUCGAGAUACAUCUGGGAAGGAAAUCUCGCCAAACAGCUAAAGCAUCAUGUGCACGGAGGUUUCUCAGCCUCCACCACAAGCAAGUUGAAAGACAGAAGAUGUGUCUCCCAAGUCACCAGUGUCCAGCACCUUCAGACCUUACAAACUGUGCUGACGAGCCUACCAGUCCUCAGCUCGUUGCUCCAGAUUUUCUAGUGUCGGACUGGUUGGACAGCAACUACUCCGAGCCUGGUUUUGAUUUCUUGGACUUCGAUGUUAGCAUGAGCAAUGCAUGGGGCAUCUUAGAAUAACUGCGACAUACCGAAUAGCCAUCGAUUGGGAUCUGAGUCAUAAUCAUAUAACAACGUAACACGGAUAAUUCAGAAACUUAAACAAUUAGCGAGUUGCGUAACCACAGUAAUCAUUCACCGUGGUAGAGUGAAUAUAUCAC